GGAACCAGUUUUUUCAUUUCAAGAAUUUGUUUUUGCUUUAUUAUUUGUGUUUAUGUUAUUUGCUUCUUGGUUCAGUCAACCUUCGUAUGUGAUCGAGCUUGUAGUGUUUAUUUUUGUCUCCUUUUAAGGAUACCUACCUAUCAAAUCAAGAGUUUAACAAGAAGAAUAUCCUAAUAUACCGAAACAUAAAGAAGCAAGUAUGUAUCGCCUAAUAAUUUACACACUCUUUAUAAUAAACCUAACAUCAAAAGUAACAUCUGACACACCUGACCAACUAGAAGUAGGAGUUAACAUCUUAGUCACUAACACGACAUUAAAAGUCAAAAUACUACCAACACUGUCCCAAGAUGCAAUACACAUUAUGAAUACGAAUAGCGAAAUUUUAAAUUCGAAAAUAAGAUCUUUACCGGUGAACACCGAGUCAGAAAUCGACAUUGACUUGUCGGAAGUGAUAAAACCGGGAACUAAGAUUUGCGAAUCUUAUUACAGCGAUUUGAAAGAUCAACUACGAAAAACCAAGGAAAAUCUGUGUGUUUUGCAAAUCGCCAAUGGAAAUAUCGAUAAGGCAAUUAAUACAUUUGGGGAAAUAAAGGAUAAUUCAAAAAUUAAUGAUAUCGUUUCUUUCGCUUAUAAAGAUUUCGGAAAGAUAAAUAUUAUUGAUAAUAUAAUAGAGUUUAUUAAAAAUCUUGACAGUAUUAAUGAAGCACGCAUUGCUUAUACAGUUCUGUUCCAACUUGUUAAAAAGGACGAACCAAAUAAUCCAAUAUCUCUAUCUGUUUGGGGUGAAAUAGAGAAUUGUGUAGAUUGUGCCAAUGUGAAUAAUGAAUAUUCAUUGAAAACUGUAAAUACUUGGGCUUACAAGAUAUACAAUGGCUCCCAUCAAGAUGUUUUAGAUGUUGCCACAAAAUAUCAUCUGAAAUUUGACCAGCUGUUGAAGACCGUUAUACAAAAGGCGUAUCUAUAUCAUUCAGGCGAUAUCAAAAACAUCAUAUCAUUUAUCAAGCGUUUACCUUACAUGUCUAGCACAGCUCUAGGAUUACAAUCCCUAUUUAAUCAAAUGAAGAUUUCAUCUGGAGGAUUGGACAAUUAUGGAUUAAUUAUGCUGGCACAAGUUGUUAAAGAAACAUUGGAUAAAGUUUACCCUGAUGCUUCCCCAAUUCUAAAAGAUCAAUUAAAUAACUUGAAGAAUGGUUUACCCAAAUCAGUUAAAAGAUUAACCUGGAAUGGAAAUAACUGUACAAUAGUGAAUGCAAAUAAUAAUGAAUUUCUAUAUGCCGCCAUCGAUGGAUUGCUUUAUGAUAAAGAAAGACGUAGGGUUUUCACCUGGCCCUCUCCGAAUAUUGAUGUUUCUGGAUCUUGGAAAAUAAUACCAGUUGAUAAUGGAGCAUAUUUUACAAUAACCAGCACAACGUAUAAUGAAUACUUAUACGCAGUUUACGACGGUUUGGUGCUAAAUGCGCAAAACCGUAGAAUAUUCACUUGGGUACCCAAAAAUGGCAUGGACAAUACCGGUCAUUGGAAAUUGACCCCUAAGAAUUUCGGCGAAUAUUUCACAAUAGAAAGCAGGCAGUUUAACGAGUAUUUAUACGCCGGUCCUAGUGAAUUAGCUCAUGACAAAGAACGACGCAAUGUGUUUACUUGGAGACCAGGCGGCGAAGUUUUACUUGGGAAUUGGAAAAUAACUUGUUGAAGUUGUACUACCUACCUAUGCUAUAGAUGAAGAAGUGUUUUGUCUCUUUGCUUUAUUAUGAGAAUAAAAAUGACAAGAAAAAUUUGCCUUGACUGUAUUGUUUGUAUCUUUUUCUAAUAAAUUUUUAUCAGCCUU